UGAUGUUAAGCUCCGCUUCAGGACGCAAAGCUUCUUACAGGACACUUCACUUCAAAGCCCCCUGCGUAGUGCGCCCUGGAAGACGCGACCCGCCGGCCGUACGCAGCCCGAGAGCGUCGGCGAUGCUGAAUGAGAGUUGGAGUGAAGUCACAAGUGCUCACAGACCCUAAUUUCAGCGGCAGCCGCCCCAAGUUGUCUCGACUGGACUUCUGUACGAUCUGUUAAAGAGAGCAAAGGAAGGAGCGAAGAUGUUCAGGUACACGGCACCCUGGCAAGUCCUGUGCCUGUCCAUGGAGCAGGGAUUUAGGAAGUCUUCCAAAAUCGCUGAAGAUGACAGAGAUUUAAAGAAAGACAAAGGUGUGAAGAGUGUCAGCUUCCUCGAACCCAUCAGCAUAUUCUCUGGCAGCAAGCGCAAGAUGGAAGUUGAGGCUCCUUUCUCAGAGAAGCCUGCCCAGAGUCAGUACACGUGCUUACCGAGCAACGACCAGAAUGGACUGAAGGUCAGGCAUGAAUCCCUGGACAGCGAUGUGGCCAAGGAGAUCCAGUAUUUGGAUGAAGUUCUAGAGGCUAACUGCUGCGAUUCUGUGAAUGAGACUUUCAAUGGGAUGCCAUCUCCUCGUGCAACUGCCCUCGAAGCCUCCAGCCCAUCGGUGAGCGUUUCUGGUAGAAUGUCACCAUCUGAUAAUGACGUAAUUGUGAUAGGAAGAAGACAAGUCACGUGUGUGGAGGCAGACGAUGGCAGCCAGACGAAGAGCAAUGGUCACUCGGUACCUGAGCAUGACGAUUCCAACCUACAAUCCAAUCAGAGGUCAGCCGUUGAGCCAAGUUUGACGACCAUCAAGAAAGAAGCCCGAUUUGAAUUGAGGGCUUUCCACGAAGAGAAGAAGCCAUCUAAGCUUUUUGACAGCAGUAUGGAAAAGGAGAUCGUCAGAGUGAAGAUGAUCAGGCCUUCGGAGGAGAUUGCAGAGCUGGAGAGAGAACGGCGAGAGCUGAUCCGUAGCCAGGCUGUCAAAAAGAAUCCCGGUAUUGCCGCCAAAUGGUGGAACCCACCGCAGGAGAAAACCAUUUUGGAACAGCUGGACCCGGAACAGCUGGAGUCGCAUAAGAAAUACGAAGAAAGGAAGCAGAGGAAGCAAGACACGAGCACGGCCCUGCCAUCGCCAAAGCAGAACCAAACCGUCGUCACAGAGUCCGAACCGCUGAACGUUAAUAAGGACGACAUAGUGACGGAGCAGAUUGAUUUCUCGGCUGCGCGGAAACAAUUUUUAAAGAUGGAUAUGCCGACUCAGCCCAGCGCACCAAAGAGAUCUGUGGCUCCCAAGAUGUAUUCUGCAAAGCCAUUCUGCAAAGCACCCGAGCAGCCCCAAAUGGAGAAGCUGGCCGGCUCGGUCAUGGUGACUGGGAGUUCUAGUAGUCAAGAUCAGUCAGAGGCGGAGGUGACCACCAUCAGAGCGGAGAAAAUCUAUUAUGUGCCGGAUAAGCUGGACGAGACAACGUUAGAGGAAAACAUCAAGGCCUCGAAUGACCCAAAUGAAGGAUUCAAAGAUGAGAGGUGGGAGGAGGAGGAGGAGGACGUUGAAUUUACUUGUGCUCGAGCCGUGAUGACCAUUCUGAAAGACGAAGAGCACGAUAUGCCAUACGUCUACGCGAAAUCGGUGACCGUGUCCUCUCACCCUGAAGAAUUAGACUCUGGCCUAGACGAUUUGUCCCUCAGGUCGCAGGACACCACCAUACUGGAAACGCUGUCCAAUGACUUUAGCAUGGAUAAUGUGAGUGACAGCGGGGCUUCCAACGAGACGAUGAACGCCUUUUUGGAGAACUCCUUGGGGGAUUUCUCGCUGCCUCCUACUCCACAAGCCGUCACCCCCAUUGAUUGUAAAAUGGAAGGCAGUGCCAAAACCCAGGCUGACCCCGUUAUGUGCCCACUGCCAGGUACGUACAACGGAGUCAUGGCAACUGAUGAGCAGCUGGAGUACCACGCGGGCAUUCUAGUGGAAAAUGCAAUCCAGCAGGCCAUUGCCCAGCAGAGUCACGAAAGGAGCGUUACAGUUCAGGAGCCCACUACCCCUGAAGUGUGCAUACAAGAGGCAGCAGAAAAGCUGCCCCCCAUUGAGCCUGAGGAACAGACUGCAGAGCAACUAAGCCCCCUGAGGGUAACAUCCCAGUUUCAGCCACCUCAAGUGUCCUCACCAGUACAGGGACCGGCAGAAAGUUGUGACCAGCGUGCUGUGGACGUUUCAAGUGAGCGGUCGCCCACUGAAGACAGGCAGGAGUUCAGCUACUUCAGCAAGUACUCUCAAGCCGCGGAGCUGAGGAGCACGGCUUCUGUCCUCAAGACGCAGGAACCUGAGCUUAACGCCGGCCCUUUCAAGUUACGCUCCAGGAAGCAGCGGACGCUAUCCAUGAUCGAGGAAGAGAUCCGAGCGGCCCAGGAGAGGGAAGAGGAACUGCGAAGACAAAGGCAGAGAGUCAGCGCCGAACCGAGUCCCACAAAGAAAAGUGGUCCUAAUCUGCCGACAAGAAUAGCGUGCAGUGGGAAGACCGUCCCAGGCAAGAUUGAGAAACUUCGCCCCGUGCCCCCAGUAUCACCCUCUGCCGAGGGGCCUCUGCCAUCGCCGCUGUCCGAUGGAGGAUCAGAAGAGACCGGAGGCAACCACAGACCUAAGAAUUUCAUGCAGACUCUCAUGGAAGAUUACGAGACCCACAAAGUGAGGCGACGAGAGAAAGUCGAAGACACCAGCUACGCCCGUUUGUUGCUCGCUAAUGACGUUACUUCAGAGGUGCUCGAGGCAACAAGGGUAACGCGCAGAAAGAGCUCCAUGGCACUGCGAUGGGAAGCUGGCAUCUACGCCAACCGGGAUGAAAAUGAGUAGCACAGCCCUGUGGAUGCCAUUCAAUCGCUCAGCCCAAACCAUUGCUACCCUACAACCACUGCUGCUGCCACCAUUGCCAGGAUCUGCCAGUGACAAUCAAAGUGAAGCAGAAUCAGACCUGCACGGCUUUAUGAGAAAAUUUAAAAAAAAUAUAUGAAGAAAAAUGAAAAAAAAAAUCAGUAUUUAUUUUAGCUAGGCUUUGCAGAAUACAGGUGGCUGACCUAAACAACAGGAAAAAGGUUCUUGGUUUUUGAUGCAAGACUUCUUCAGCAAGAACAAAAACAAAACAGCGAGCCCUUGAUAGCAAAGACUCACCAUUUAUUUUUUUAGUACAAGCCCGUCUUUUUCAUCCACUUAUUACUGCUGCGUUUUCGAUUUUGGAGAGCUCUGAGAAGGUGCUUUUGUGAAUGUUCACCACGGAGGAUGUUGCUAUCUAUCUCUACUGACCGCACACCUGGGAAGGCCACAUCGUUCAUCCUCCUCAUCCUUGUAGCAGACAUCAGGAGCUUUAAGGUCCUAUUCUGGAGGAUUGCAGCUUGUGGCUGUUGACCUAGGAGCUACUGUCAAGACGAAAAUGUGAUGUCGGUGCCGAGGCAGGCAAUUCAAAAGAAAUUAACGGCGCCGAGCUUCAUUUGUCGUCACAUGACAAGAGUGACACCAAAAAUCAGAAAUCGUAAAGGAAGGCUCUUGUUACUGCAAUGCGUCCAAAUUUUUUUUUCAAGCUCUCUAUUGUAAUAAUUUAUCUAUAUAUAGAUAUAUGCAUCUAAUUGAAGAUAUGCAAACACGCCAAUCCAGUUAAGCGUGGAUUUAGGAUUGGUGCUUAUCCUGCUGCACUGGCACAUCUAUACCCUGUUAGUCAACUGAGCAUCUCUAAGCCUUUGAGCUAACAUUAUAACAAUUAGGUGGGCUGUCCUCAAUAUUUGUUCAAAAAAGAAAUACAUUCAGAGAUGGAGGGAGUUUUAGAACUCUUUUAGAAAUCUUCCUCACACUGAGUGGCUUCCUCAUGCUAGAAGUUCACAAGCGGUCAAUAAAAUGUCUGACAGAGGACACAAAGAAAUGCCAUUAGAUGCAUCCCCUUAUCUACUCAUGCAACUUAUGUUUCAUAAAGACAAGUAGGAUGUGUCAUAUUUAAAAAAAAAUAGCAACUUCUUCUUCCUCUUCAUCCUCUUCCACUUCUACGUGAUGUUGAUGAUAAGCAACAAUAAUCAUUCAAAGCAAUACCUUUGUUCCAGACUUAUAAACACCACAUUCUUGAGUGCCCGACUUAAUUCUUUUUAAAAGGCGCUCAGCCUUGCAUUAGCCGGGAAUGACAUCAGCGCCGAAUCACCAACAGUAUGAGCUGCCAUUCCAUCAUUUAGACAAGCAGCUUCAGUGUCGGCUGCAGGGGAGCCUCUAAAACGGACGAGCCUGACACACUCGCACGAUCUCCAAACUAGUGUGGCUGAAGCGAGACGUCUUUCUGAGGACAGCUUGCUACCUAAAUGAGCGAUGAAAAGAGCAAACAUCCAUCCACUUUGCAGCGUUACGUUGUCGUCACAAGCAAGAUGUACCAGAAGAACAAUGGUCGGACCCGAAAUUUAGUUUCUGAGCUCUUCCGAGUGCUGCAGUGCUUUUCAAGGCAAUCACAUUUCAUUGGCUGAUGUUUUAGUCCUCUGUCUGGUAGGGAGAGUCACAGUUACAGCAGGAUUAGAGGGCUACACCAGGCCCCCCCAAACUCUAAUAAUUCCUGAUGAAUUUCUGAGUGCUUCCUGAGCGCCACCCAAAGGUCAGCGUCCUGCUCUUCCAGAUUUGUCCAGGUUAACCAGUACACCCCAAAGACCCUUGCGUUAUAUCUGAGUACUGGUUUCCUCUCCUUGUUGAACUCCACUUUCAGAUUUGGCUCAAUUAAUGUACAAAAGCUAAUUUUUGACUUCUACUUACGGAGCCUCCCUGGCUACCAUUUUUAGUUUCACUUCCUAAGUUUGUUUCAUUCAAUUCCUAAUUUCCCAGUUUUGACCUUGGUUAGUUUAUAUACGUCUCUUUCCCUUCUCCCGAUUCCAUUCUUCACUCAAACUGCUGCCGGUUAGUGUAAUCCUUACAAGCGAGAGGCCAUAGAGUUAAAUAACAUGCUUCAUUCACUGCAAUAAUUGGACUGUAAUUAAGAAACCCACCAGGAUCCGAGUUUGAGACCCCUGAGUUAGCCGAGCUGGUUAGCUUUUUUGACUCGUUUACUAUUUGGUCGCUGUUUAAGGAGAGAAGAAAUAUUUAAAGGGGAGAAGUCUUAAAAAGCAAGUCAAGUGAAAAGUAAACAGCAAGUGGGUUAUUCAUUAGGAAAGUGGCUGAAACAAAACCUUGAAGCCCCUACGGCCCACCAGGAUCUGAGUUUGACACUCCUUGAGCUCCCACAUUCACACAAUGCAUCAGUCUAUGGGUCAGUCUCACCAUCCCCAAUAC